ACUGUCUAAGACUCUAAGGUACUGGUACCUAGUCUAUGUCCCCCGCCCGCGGCCCACCGACCGGCCGGCAACAGGACGGCACAUCCCACGUGGCGCACGUGGUAGUUUAUGACCUAGACUCCGCGUCCGGUCCUUUUCUAAUGAAUCGUUUCUUCUUUUCCUAUUUCCCCCUUAUUUUACUCUUACGUAUGGGGGCCAGGGCAUGCGACCUGUCAGAUUACUUUUAUGCUGGCCUUGUCCGUCCUUGUCCCCCUCGAUCGAUCCCACUUGUUCCCCUCGUUCCCCGGAAUCCCCCUGACGAGCUCCCGGAGCCAUGGUUCGCCUCUCUGCACAUCGCCUGCUUGCCGUGGUCAUACAGCUCGCAGUUUGGACCUUGGUCCAGGCACAGGAGACGGAUCCUUUGGCGAGUCUGAUGGUAUUUCCCGAGUGUGCUAGGCCAUGUAUCGCCACCGCUUUUAUGGGAGGACUCUGCGCUCCCACAGACCAGGCAUGCAUCUGUGGAGAUGAGCAGUUCCAGCAGAAUGUCACGCUCUGCGUGAGUGAGAGCUGCAUAAUACCCGAUAUGUUAGCCACCCGGAACACCAGCCUGACCAACUGCAACGUCCCCGUCCGCGACCGAUCGGGAGACUACGUCGUCAUCUCCAACGCCAUGGCCGUCACGGCCGCCAUCUUCCUGGUGAUCCGCUUCGUCUACAAGAUCUUCAUGGCCCACGUCGAGCUGGGCAUGGACGACUGGAUCAUCCUCGCCGCCGCCAUCUCCAUGAUCCCCAGCGCCGUCAUCACCGUGCACGGGUCGGCCGCCAACGGGCUCGGCCGCGACAUCUGGACCCUGGAGCCCGAGCAGAUCACCAAGGUGCUGAUGUACUUUUACUGCAUGGCUUUCCUGUACUUCGCCCAGGUCGCCCUGGUGAAGCUGUCCAUCAUCUCGUUCUUCAUGCGCAUCUUCCCGGCCCGGGAGACGCAGCGCCUGCUUUGGGGCACCUUCAUCUUCACCACCGUGUACGGCGCCGCCUUUGUGCUCACCGCCAUUUUCCAGUGCUGGCCGGUGCACUACUUUUGGACCAAGUGGGACGGGCUCCACGAGGGGUCCUGCGCGAGUGCGAAUGCCAUUAGCUGGUCCAACGCCGCCAUCAACAUCGCGCUGGACCUCUGGAUGUUGGCCGUGCCGCUGUGGCAGGUGCGCAGCUUGCAGCUGCACUGGAAGAAGAAGAUUGGCGUGGCCUUGAUGUUUGUCGUGGGUACAUUCGUCACCGUCGUCAGCGCCCUCCGCCUCCAGUCCCUCGUCAUCUUCGGCGCAUCCAGCAACGCCACCUGGGAAUUCUACUCCGUCUCCGUGUGGUCCACCAUCGAAAUCACCGUCGGCAUCAUGUGCGCCUGCCUGCCCUCCAUCCGCCUGGUCCUCGUCCGCCUCUUCCCCGCGCUCCGCGGCACGACGAUGCGCAGCAUGGGCCAGUACUACCGCGGCUACGGGAGCAACACGAACGGGACCAACCGCGACCGGAGCGGCGCGGCCGAGACCCCGCGGCGGAACGGGACCAUGACGGGGGUUUCCGCGGUCCGGUCGCAGAGGAGGGGGUCGGAGGACGAGGAGGGGGGUACGACGACGCCGCCGGGGGGGAUUGUGUUCCAGAAGUCGUAUACCGUGCAGUAUAGCGAUAACGACGAGGCGAGUUUGGUGAGGAUGGACGAUCUGGAUUCGGGUGGGAAGAGUAGGGGGUUUGCCUAGCCGAGGAGGGAGGGAAUGUGAGUAUGUGAAUAGUUGAGACUCUCAUGUGAAGAGAGAGAAGCCGGACUGACUGACGUCUUGCCCUGGCACUACCCCUGUCCGAAGACCGUCCUCGGGCCGCCGAGUUUAGAAACCCCGUGACGCGUCACGCACCCGCACCGAAGCACAUUACGUAAUCAAUCGCUUGCCACUGACUUCCGCA